CAGUCUACCUACACACCCAUUAUAUUGCAUUUCCGUCUCUGGAUCGUGACUAACUUUUUCUCGCAGAAAAGAUUGGUGAAACUUUCGAUGUCUUUUUGCACGGCACGCAGAUAAUCCGAAGACGGUGAAUAUCUUUCGAGGCAGAAUUUGUAUGAAAUGGGACAUAAUGCAGCUAGCUAGAGCGUGCUUCGUGGAAUGAGUGUGCUGGUUUAGGUGGAAAAAAGUUUCGCAGAGGCAAGAAAAAAAACCUUGAAAAGACGCAAGUGCUAAUGAGUGGAGCUCGAUUGUCCCGUCGCAACCCCUCCCCCCACCCCCUCAAUCUAACCCAUCGUUAUAUUACCUUGUAUCGAAGUGCUUUUCAUUUGUGCGAAAGUGUUGGCGACGAUUACCAACGUUGCCUACUUGAUUAGGGUUUACAUUGAAUAAAAGUUUUGAAUCUUGGAAGAGAUUGUUUGAAAGUAAAACGGGGUUUCGUUGUGUUUCUUCUUCUCCGGAACGUAUCGUCGCAUAGAAUCGCAGUGCUAACAAUAAGAAAUAAAGCGAAGAAGGCAGUGGUGGAGAGAAUGUCCACCCGAAAGGAAGUGGGUGCUUCUUCCGCUUUCUAAAAAAUCGACGGAGCUACCACCAAAUGUGUGCAUGUGUGUGCUAGCGCGUUUGAUUCGCGCGGUGUAUAUGUGUGUUCGUGCGGACGGGCGGCUCUUGGGAACAAAACGGUUGAAAAAUGCUCGAUCCGACCACGGGGCAGCCAUUUUGUUUUCCAAGUUGAUGUGCACCACUGGCGCGAAAGAGUUGAAUAUAUGUAUACACGGGUGGUAGUAAAGCUAACUCAAAAACUAUAAAGUCAAUCAACCGCUGCGGUCAAAUGCGAGAAGAAGGCAACGUACGUUCCUGGUUACGGUAGUAAAAUCGGAACAAAAGCUGGAGAAAUUCAUGUAAUUCCCUUCCCUCCCGGCUGGCUAUGGACUAUGAGCGCUAUCCAAAUGGACGACUAGACACUUGCGAAUGCGAUGAGCCCUACGGUCAAGUCGUUCUUGCUUCCGAUCGGUAUGUAGCGCAGUAAUUUUCCGUCCAGGAAAGAAGUCAACGGUUGCUAGCCCGUUGGGCUCGGGAAGUGACUUUUUCGCUGCGAGCUGAAAAUCAGCGGCUGGAAUUUUACGCUGACUUGUAAACGUUAAUGUGUGUGGUGCGCGCUGCUACCAAUACCAACCGAACACGGAUCUUCGCUCUUGCCGAGCGUAUGCCAAUUCGAGAGCAGCAAAACUCGUCACAGCGCGAAAGUGCGAAAGAGCCAACAGCAUACUGCGCGCGACGCGAAAGCGAGACCACCCGAAGCGUCGCUAUUCAGUGAAGUUUUCUCAUCGUCUCAGUAGUGGCUUGUGUUGAGCUCGGGCCGCAAUUUUCAUCUCGAAUUUAUGCAGAAAAUUGCACUGAAAGCACAGGUAAAUGGGCAUAAUCGCACCGUAAGCAUGGGAAGUUGUCCAUUUCGAUGCAGUACAGUCCGAUAACGGUCUGUGAGGUGUGAAAAAUCGAAGUAAAGUUUGCCUUCCGUACGCUUUGGCAGCCGUCGUUGCAGUACAGGCCUACUAGAGGAAGAGUCAACCAGGUGGUGGUAAUGCGCGUACGCCGCCCGCCAUAUUUGGCUUGGGAAGAGAGUGAGAAAGAGAGCAAAUGACAUACAUGCACUCGCGCACGCACUCACACUGGGGAGGUUGGAUGUUCCGUGAUAAAAUCGUGCCCAAUUGGUGAGGAGCAAAUUGUUUCGAAAUUCGAUUUACAAAUCCUGUUUGUGCAAGUGGGGGAAAUGUUAUACCAGCUUGAGUGAUCGUAGAAUGAAAAAUCAAAGCAGUUGUGCGAAAUACGUGCGGCAGAAGAAAGUACCCUUGCCGCAUAAGUUAAUGAAGAAGCAUUGAGGUUUCUGCAGAACUGUAGGGAGUUUGUGAUGGUACACAGCUGACUGGACAGCAAUCCUUGAAACCUUAAACGGCUUAGUCCAGAUACUAUGCAGCAAGGAUCAGGAUCGACAACGCCUACAGCGGCACCGGCAAGUGUUCCCCCAGCACCGGCUUCAAUCGACAACAUGGACGAUCCACCGCCAAGGAACGAACCCGUGGUUGAGCCGGUGAAUGGAAUCGUGCAGCCGCCAGUAAUGCCACCACCGGAGCGCCCGGGACGGUUGACGAAUCAGCUUCAUUUCCUGCUACGCACGGUCAUGAAGGCGGUGUGGAAGCAUCAGUUCAGCUGGCCAUUCCAACAACCGGUCGAUGCAAAGAAGCUCAACCUACCCGACUACCAUAAGAUCAUCAAGCAACCGAUGGACCUGGGAACCAUCAAGAAGCGGCUGGAAAACAAUUACUACUGGACAAGCAAAGAAUGCAUACAGGACUUCAAUACAAUGUUCACCAACUGCUACGUGUAUAACAAACCGGGCGAGGAUGUGGUCGUAAUGGCGCAGACGCUAGAGAAGCUGUUUCUAACCAAGGUGUCCCUAAUGCCCAAGGAUGAAACAGAGAUGGAAGUACAGCAGCCGAAAGGCGGCAAGAAGAAACCGCGAUCGUUGGCACCGCCGGGUACGUUGGUUGGCAACACGUCGGUAACGGGGGCUGCGGCCGCUGCUGGUGUAGCGCCGAAUGCGGCCAUUGUUGCAGGAGCGAAUGCGGUUGCAGUGGCGGCAGCGGCCGCUGCUGCUGCGAGAGCACGCCCCAGUUCGGCUCUCGGUGCAGCCGUAUCGUCCAGCGUUCCUCCUUUGAGUGUGGUCCCACCCGGGGUGGGAACUGCGCCAGCGGUGGUCGUACCGAGUGUGCCACCGAUCGGUACUCUGCCGCCCCAGACUGUGCCUGGUAGCACAAACACCACAACGACAGCAGGACCCAACGCGGCAGUAGCGGCCUUGACGGCGGCGGCCGCUGCUGCAGCAGCCGGAAACACUUCGCUCAAUCCUAUGGGCAACCCGAUCGGCGCGCCAGUAGUCAAUAAACCGAGCGCGCCAGCCAACCCGCCGUACAUGGUAAACAGUUCGCAGGCCGGCAUGGAAACGGUCUUACCUCCCCAACAGCCAGCCAAGGUUAAAAAGGGUGUUAAGAGAAAGGCAGACACAACCACGCCGACUGCGACCGUUUUCGAUCCGCACUAUGGCACCCCUAUGGAUUCGAACGCCGCCAAAAUUGCUACCAGAAGGGAAUCUGGUCGACAGGACAUUGUACCCUAUCAAACCUCUACCUACCCCAUGUCACCGAUGGCGCACCAAGGGACAACCUCGUCCGCGUAUCCGCCGAAAAAUAAGGAGAAACUGUCCGACGCUCUAAAGUCAUGUAAUGAAAUUCUGAAGGAGCUCUUCUCCAAAAAGCACUCCGGGUAUGCCUGGCCAUUCUAUAAACCUGUCGAUGCGGAGUUACUCGGUUUGCACGACUAUCACGACAUAAUCAAAAAGCCGAUGGAUCUCGGCACGGUGAAGCGGAAAAUGGACAACCGCGAGUACAAGUCGGCACCAGAGUUCGCGGCGGAUGUUAGGUUAAUAUUCACCAAUUGCUACAAGUACAACCCGCCAGAUCACGAUGUUGUCGCGAUGGGCCGGAAGCUGCAGGACGUGUUCGAGAUGCGGCUAGCGAACAUACCGGACGAACCGGUAAACAAUGUAGCACCGCAUCAUCAGUGCAAGGAAAGCGAACCAUCGUCCUCGAGCGACUCGAACGAUAGCGAUGAUGAGAGCGAGUCGGACGAAGAGUGUGCCCAGAAGCUGAAGGUGCUCGAAAAGCAGCUGUUUGAAAUGCAGGAACGAAUGCGGAAGCUCACCGAGGAGGCACUGCAGAAAAAGAAGCAGAAGAAAAAAUCGAAGGACAAGAAGAAGCCUUCAGCGGCCGGACCUGGGGGUGGUACGGGCAGUGGUGCAAGUGAUAUUAAGGCGAUUAUGGAUCCGCACGCCGGGCUCGGUAUGCCGCACGGCCCCGGCAAAGCGAUGCAUCAGAUGGCAGGUGCAAUGGGUCAACCGCCGAUGGGUGGGACUGGAGCAGCACCGGUGAUGCCGGCUCCAGGUACCAAGGCCAAAGCCAAAGGCCAGCGAGCACCGAAGGCAGGCGGUGUUGCGGGUGGUGCUGCGCCAAACGCUCCGGCAAAGCGCGCUAAAAAUGCGGGUGCCGCUGGAACUAGUGCUCCCCGGGCGCCGAAUAAGAAGAAAGCUUCGCAGAAUGUGUCCAACUUCGAUUCGGAGGAAGAAGACACGGCCAAACCGAUGUCUUACGACGAGAAGAGACAGCUGUCUUUGGACAUUAACAAGCUACCGGGCGAUAAGCUGGGCAGAGUUGUACAUAUAAUUCAGAGCCGGGAACCAUCAUUACGCGAUUCCAAUCCGGACGAAAUUGAAAUUGAUUUCGAAACGCUGAAGCCAUCAACGCUACGAGAGCUGGAAAGCUACGUAGCUUCCUGCCUGCGCAAGAAAACUCGUAAGCCUUACUACAAAAAAGUAUCUGGUAAAUCAAAGGAGGAACAGAUGACAGAGAAGAAGCAAGAGCUGGAGAAACGGCUCCAGGAUGUGACGGGUCAGCUGGGCACAGGGAAGAAGAACGCAAAGAAGGACGAAGCCAACAAACAGGACGUUGCUCCGUCCGGGGGCAAUAUGUCCUCCAGCAGUAGUUCCAGUGAUUCCUCGUCGUCGAGUUCAAGCGAUUCCAGUUCUAGUGAUUCCAGCGACAGUGAAGCAGAGGCUGGAGGGCGCCCACCGCGUAAGAAAAAGAAGGAUUCCUCAUCUCCAAUGCGCACCGGAGGCGGCAACAAUGCAGCAGCGAACACGUCCUCUGCUCCAGCCAACGCAUCAACACUAUCGGCGACGGCCGCGGUACCGCAGAUGCUACCGAGUGCUGGAGCCGCCAGUAACACAAACACCACCUCCAACACCACCACCACUACUACUACCACGAACAACAAUUCCAAUACCAUCACACCUCUCCCGAACGCCGCCGCUCAGCAGCCAUCGCAACAUUCGGCGGGCAGUGUCCUAAACCAAACGUCGUCAGCCGCGGGCCAGCAUCACUCACAAGUACACCUUUCGCAGCAGCAACGACAACCGUCAUCAAACCAACCGCCUGCCAUACCGCCACCACUAUCAUCCCAUGGCACCACGCCCACGCUGGUAUCAUCAACCUCCUCCAGUACCACGUCCUCCUCCUCCUCUUCCGCCACAUCUUCAUUGUCGGGCGCUGGCGGAGGGUCCGUGUCGAGCAUGAACGUUGCAGGUACCCUCGGUACCAGUAGCAGCCUUAAUGCCACUAACAACCCCUCAUCAAGCAUCGCAGCUAACAAUAAUGGUGGCUCGGUGGCUGCCGUAUCGUCCAGUUAUGCUGGUGGAAGUACCGCUGGCAUGCUAGGACUUUCGCAUACGCCGUUGGCCACAACUAGCGCCGGAACGGCGGGUGACUCUGUGCCGGGACUGUUGCAGAUUCCUGCCUUGUCGCAACAGCAAACGGUGACUAGCAUCGCCGCUGCCAGCACACUCGCGCUAGCGAUGAUGUCCGCCGGUGGUGGUGCUGGGGCUGUAAAUAGUAAUAAUGGUAGCGGCGGCGGCGGCGGCGGCGGCGUCGGAAGCAAUAACAGCGGCAAUCCCAACCCGAUCGGAAGUAGUAACAGCAACCAAAUCUCUCUACCACCUCCCAUACCAUCACCAAACACCACCACCACUACUACCAGCACGAUGCUACCUGUGAAUAAUAAUGCUUUGACCACCACCAGUACUAGUAAUAAUCAGGGCAGUAGUGCUAUCUUGAAUAAUUCCAUCAAUGUUACGCAGCUCCAGCAGCAGCAAGGAGCGGGAGGUCUCAGCACUAAUGGGAUCGCGACCGGCGUCCCGGUGUCGGCUCAUGCGCCAUCGUCGUCCGGCACUAGCAUUAACAGUAGCAGCGGCAACCUCGUCGGUAACACAAACGGAAGCGACGGUGCAUUGAAUACAAGCAAUGGGCUGAUAAACAGCAUGCUCGGGUUACCGGGGUCGGCCCAGCUUGCGACGAGCCUGGCUGCAAUGACGAACCUGGCUAGCAUGGCUGGCGGUCUGCCCCCCCAGUCCCUGCAGAUGGGUCAGAGCCAGCAGUCGGUCGGAGCCAAAUCGCAACUGCACGGCUCCCAGUCGCAGCAGCAGCAGCAGCUGCAACACGCACAGCAGCAGCUUAAUCAGCAGUUCCGCAUCGGUGGUGCUACUGGUAACGGGCACCACGGUGGCCUCCCUUCCGGCUUUAUCGAUCCGCUAGAGCAUACGCUUAAUUCGUUCGAGCAAUCGAUCAAGGCCGAACCGCUGGGACUGAAUUUACUGAACGAUAUGCCAGCGGCAAUGAAGCAGGACCUUACGACCAGCAUGCUGACGGUCAACAUGGAUCUGUGCAUGGCGCAUCUGCAGAACCAGCUACACUCAGGCAACAACGGUUUCAGCGUGGGUGAGUUUAAUGGCAAUGGGCCGCUAAACGGUGGUACGGGCGGUGCGAUGGGUCUUGGCAGCGGUAUGGGCCAGAUGGUAAUGAACAGCAUGGCGUCGACGGCUGCCGCAGCCGCUGCCGCCAACACCGCCCUGAUGGGCGGAGGUAUACCGUCGUUAUUCGAUCCGCUACAGAGCUUUAUACGUUCCGGUGCAGGAGGAGGAACCGGCGCGUAUCAUCAAUCGAAUGCGGCGGCUGCGGCGCCGGGAAUGGCCAAUCUGGUACCGGGUGCAACCAACACCAGCAGCAAUGGUGCUGGUUUGUCUAGUGGCAACAGUGCUGCUGCUGCCGCCGCCGGUGGUGGUCCGAUGCACGAUCGUUCGAUCGAUCUGACGCAGGCGGGCAGUGGCGUUGUGAACAAUUCGGUCGUUGGCGGUGGUGGUGGUGUAGGAACAACCGGUGCGGCGGCCGGCAUGAUACCUUCCGGCAACGGUGGUAAUAUGAUGCAGAUCAAAAAGGAAGAACCCGGCGCCGUUGGGGGAGGCGGCAAGUUUAUGCUAACGCCGAAACCGAUCGAAGAUUUGCUGAUCAAUCCGAACGAGAAGAAGAUGGGCGGCACACCACCACCGGCCGAUGUGAAAGGGAACAUGGCGAACACGUUCAACAAGGGCCAGGAUCCGAAGAGCGUUUGGUCAUCGCUGGCCGCAGCCGUUUCGCCCCAAAAUACGCCAACGUCGAACAAACCGAAACCGGCGAUGGACUCGUUCCAGGCGUUCCGCAACAAGGCGAAGGAGAAGUUUGAUCGGCUGCAGCAGCAAGAGCUAAAGCGGUCCCAGAAGGAGCAGGCGGAGAAGGAAUUGAAACGUCAGCAGGAGCAGCAAAAGAUAAAGCAGGAAGAGCUCAACAAUGGACGAAAAUUGCCCAUUGAACCCGUUCAGCCGCGCGUAGUGGAGGAGAUCAAAACAUCGCCCCAAGGUAGUCCAUCGCCGGGAACACCGACCACCCCACAUGCGCUCGAUCGUUCGGCAGCAAAGCGAGCGGAACUGCGUCGCCUAGAGCAGGAACGACGAAGGAGAGAAGCGAUGGCUGGUCAGAUCGACAUGAACAUGCAAAGUGAUUUGAUGGCCGCGUUUGAAGAGUCCCUUUAAAAAAGCGGUACGGUCUAUGGUGAAGAAAUCGAUAUGCUCGUCAAACGUAUGCACAGGCGACGUCGGUAUCAUCCCUUGCAGCUGAGUGGAUCGAUCCAUCCAGCAUUUGGUGUGUAUUUACGUGUACGGUAAAUUAUCUUACUUCAACCACACACACACACACAUGCACAGUAAAAUUCUCAACCAUUAGCGUUUGUUACCAAAAAUACACAGCAAAAAGGAGAUAAAGCGCGCUAACGCACGCGAAAACCACCGAGAACCGUAGGAAUUAACCCCAACCGUUGUUGACGAUAACUACAUCAGAAAGUAGCCAUCAACCAAAUGGUGGCCGCCGACGUUCAUUGAGGGCACGUGAUCAUGUUCGUGUUCUGCUGAAGUGUAACGUCAUUAUACGGAGGGAAGGAGGGGUAAUACGUUAAAACACUCAACCAAAUGUGUUGCGCUCAUGCCCUAUCGUUGAUGUCCCCUUUGUACAGUAGUAGCAGCUAAACGAUACAAACAUCUUUAUUACUGGGGAAAUCACGUAAGAGAGAAAGAGAGUGAGAGCAACAUAAAGAGAGGCAGAUUUGAUUUUUUUUUACUUUGGAAUGCAAUUUACUGGGUCAGUCUCAGUACUGCGUUUAGGGAUUUGAUAAAAAGUAGGAGACAAGCGAAUUCGUUACUACUACGAACCUUUCUAGUGUUAAAGAUAUCGUGCAUCCUCCCGUUUACAUAUACACACACACACACUCAUACAAACAUUAUACCCAUGGACAUAUAUGUAGGAAUAAUCAAAGGAUCCAAACCGGGGGGCAAACAUUCGACAUGGAUUAGGGUAGUGAAGAGCAAGGAGGAAAACUGGAAAGCAAGCAAAAAAAAAACGAAACAAAGCAUUAGUGUAGUCGAUCAGAGGAGAUGCUACGGUAGAUAUAUCAUGUGGUUUAGAAUAGUAAACGUAACAGAACAAACGGAAAGGUGUGUUUAAAGGAUAAGGUAAAUGCUGCGCGCCGUGCAGUAUGUGGCAGCAGAAGUUGUGGCACUGUGAACAAUGUGCUCUAGUGGUGUAUAGACAUACUUUAUCAGUUGUGAUAUAUAAAUUAAAAGUAGAGAAUCAGCAACACGCAUAUUGAAUCCCCUUUAUGCCGGGAUGUUAUCGCAUCCAACACAUCCCAAAAAAAAGGUGUCGCGAAAGUGUGUCUCUGUGUGUGUAAAAUGCACAUGGAGAAGAAGGUGGUGUCAAAGCAGCGAACGGAAUAGCCUGGCGCCUAUUGACUCUAUUUUUGGCGUGUAGUAAGCAAAUGUGUAGAUAUAAUUUUAUCCAACGGAAGGAAGGGAAAAGAAUUAGGAGCAAAAAAAAAGAGAAGAUAUUGUAGCGUUUUGUAGCUACUGCACGAUGUGCUUACCGUGCAGGCAAACUAAACAAAGCAAGAAAGGAUGUAACUGAUCGUGUAAUUCAUCAGUGGGGGGACGCGCACAGCAGGAGACACAGAUCAUUAAUUGCAUCGCAAUCGAAAAGGAUGAUCGAGCGUGUGAAUGUACCAUAUUUAUGUAAAAUAUACUCACUACUUUGACCACACACACACACAACACCUUCCUCCUUCCGAACCCUGGGUGUUAUAGGCGAAACAGAAUGGGAAGGGAAGGGAAGGAAUACGGUAUAGUGAACGAACAAACCUUUGAAGAUCGUUGUUUUCUGUACUUUGUCCUUGUCAUUGUCAAUGAAGAAAUAGAAAACAUUGAGAGAAAGGGAGUCAUUUAACGUUCUGUCUGUAGAGAGAGAGAGAGAAAGAGGGUGAUGAAGUUGUAUUAUAAAUAUUUAGCUGUAAAUUUAACAAAGGGGGAAGCAUGAAUGAGAGACGGAAAAUAUGGUUAUACGGAGACGGACGGGUUGGCAAUAUCUUGGGUCAAUUGAAGGCAAAAAAAAAUGCGAAUGAGACUCCGCGUUUGAAGAAAGUGAGACGAGAAAUAUGUUGGGCAAUAAACACACUGUCUUCUUUUACAGUUUUCUUUUUCUUGUCGUGCGAGUUGACUGUUUUUUUUUGUUGUUGUUGCUAUUUGUUGCUCGUUUUGUCAGUAGUUAGUGCAAUAUGUAUACAUAAUAUUAAAUAGCCUGCUAUAUAUGUAUAUACGUCUGUGUCUCUCGUUUUGCGAUCGCAUGCAUGGAACAAAGCGCAAGCGCGCGCGAUGCUAGUAAGUGCAUCGCCGAAUGGCGGCAAUUUAUGUUUGAGCUGUGUUGCGCCAUUACUGUAGAGUUUUACUUUUAAAAGUUUGUGUAACAUAUAGGACUAACAGAUUCGCACCUGCGAACACCACGGUUAAGUGUCGCCCUGAGACCCCCGUUUGAAUUGGGGUCUUGAGAGAGGAUGGUAUGUGUAAUAGCAUAAGAAAAAAUAUAAAUGUUCAAUAGCGCUAACAAACCAUUACACGUUGGAUCAAGUGCGAUGAGAUUACACUGAAUCGCGACGUUCGCAGUUUAAUGAGGAAUUCAACGAAGUGAGCGAAGAAAGUUAAAACAAAGACUAAACAGAUAACUAAGAUAAGUAUGGGUGGCUAAGAGAUCAGUACUACAUUAUCUGAACGAAGAAGUGAUUCUAAACAAGGCGUCAAGCAAUAGCAUGUUAAACUAUCUCCGUGGUGAACGUUGGCAAAUGUCGAACGGCGCGCCAACCAUUGUACAGUUUGGUGUUAGUUGCGCACCUGGUUUUUUUUUCGUUAAUCGGUUCGGUGUUGUGCAGGCUUCCUUAGCACACGAGAUGAUGGUACAGCUAAUUUAGAAUAGUGGUUUUGUUUUGCAACCCCUUAUACAGCUACCGAAGCGGCAACAUCCUUUUGAUUGUUGCUACCUACUGCGCUGCUGCAUCCUUGUCGAGAAAGUAGGCAGAAGUGUUGUGUUGUGGUGUCCCCCUAAUAUGUAGUGUCAAAAAGAGUAUUAAUAGUUCCGUAAGCCUGAAAGCCUGAGUGAGAAACACACUCGCAGCAAAUCGAAAGACACAAACGCAGGAAUUGCAAUAUGAUCGAAUUGUAAAUGAGAACGCGAAGGGCGAGGACGAAAUUCGAACGAUAAACGUUGUAACUACCGUUGUAGUGUAUCUAUAUGGAAAUUAGUAAUUUAAGAUUGGGGGGCGAAAUCGAUGCAGUAGCCGAGAUCCGUGAUGGUGGGAAAAUUUAAGUAAGAUAGUAAAAUGAGCAUAACGAAAAUGCAUAACGAAAAACAAAACAAAAAAAAAAGGAUCGGCCAAUAAUUUUCUAUAACAAUUUGGUGGUUAGUGGUGUACUACGUGUUUCAUGGCGGGAUAAUG